AUGAUCAAUGCUCAGAGCGCACCUGAAGAGAAAGAAAAAUUAGUUAAGUGGGAGAGGAGUAUCCAACUUAGCUUGUAUGCUAUUAAGAGGACCAUCUCUGAACAUAUGAUCAACGUAUUACUUGAGAAAUAUAAUUCUAAACAAUAUCUUAUUGCCAUUGGAGAGAGGUUUCAGGUGUCUGAUAAUGUUGAAUCUGGAUGUUUGAUGAAACAGCUCACAUACAUGAAAUAUGAUAACAAUGGGGGUGUCAGGGAGUUCAUUCUUCAAAUGGUUUAUGUCCAAACCAAACUGAAAUCCCAUGAUAUUGACCUAAAUGAGAAUUUAAUUGUGUCUCAUGCCUUAAACUACCUACUUGUUGAGUUCACUCAAAUCAAAAUUGCCUAUAACACCUUUGGUGAGAAGUGGACUGUCAAUAACCUUAUUACCAAGUGUGUAGCUGAAGAAGAGAAACUCAAGAAGGAAAGAAGUGACUUAGGCCUUCUGACUAUUCAUGCAAAACUGCAUUCUGGUAAGAGUUCUUGGAAAAAUAAGAAAAAUACUCAUAGUGCUUCUCAUAGACAUCCCGAGUUUAGGGAACCAAAUAAUGGUUAA